AUGGCUUUAGAUUUAGUCAGCAUAGCACAACCUCAUUAUAUCCCAGGGUAUACGGGUCAUUGUCCAGAGUACAAAUAUCGUAUAGGCGACACAUAUGGGUCGACAACUCAUAAAAUACUCUUGGAUCCUGCUGUCCAGCAUUCAGAGCGGUUGGUGCUAUCUGACAGAACAGCUGACGAUUUUCAGAUAUUCCGGCCGCCACAAACUGACAUCGAUGUGGUGAAUGCCAGAUUCAGAAAUGGAGACCCCGUGUAUAAACAUCCUAUGAUACCUGGGUAUGAGGGAUUUCUCCCACGCCUCAACGCCCACUUCGGCCAGCGUUAUACAGUAGCAGCAACCGAGGCCUUGUCAGACUUUCAAAGGGUGCAGAUAAAUCAAAGAGCGGCUAGAAAUCAAUUAGAACGGGUAGUUGACCUACAAGCCGGAAAAGGAAAACCAUGGGAUUUGGUCGAUAGAUUUUCGGCCACAGCAGAAUUCAAAUUGCCAUUGGUCACGGUGCGGCCAGAAUGUGCAGGAAUACUUCGAGAUGUACCCAUGGACGAACCAAAGUUAUCACCUGCAACGCAUUCAGUCAGUCCUUAUUUCAUGGAAAAUGCUGAUCCCGACAAAUUUAUCAAGAAAGAGUACAUACUUCUUUUGUCCGCUCCCAAAUAUGGGGGUAUAAUCCAUCGCAAUCAGUGCGUUUUGCAGGCCAUGUUCCAUAUGGUUUCUCACGGUUUGGCGAAUCUUCGAAGAAGCUCACCAACUCCGCUCUUUGUGAUUUCUCGUCUAAUUAUAGACGAAGACAGAGUACAGAAUGGGCACCAGUGA